GGCUACCAGCAUUCAUAUUCGUCCGCCUGAGUAGCAGUAGGAGUAUUUUCGAAGCAAGCCAGGCGGCGAAAGGUUCAAGGAGCCAUCCGAUUUGAUGUUCUUGACCAAACCCUGCCAAUUUAUUGGUUUUCCUAAGGCUUUAGGAUCGAUACUUUUCGAUAGAGAUGCACCUAGCAGCUCGCAUCUCCGAUGCUUUAGUCGUCCCUACGGCGCUUAGGAUCCAAGAAACCCCACCAAAUCUGUUCUUGGACAUCCAAGCUCCAGAUUCAGCUCGGAGCAAGUCGUCGAGAGCCGGCAAAGGAUCCGAGCUUGUUUAACUCCGCGAUCUCCAAGAAUCUGUUGGAGAUCUCGCGGAGGAGCUAGCAGCCGAGGAAAUGUCGCCUCAGCCGCCCCACGACAUCCCCGAGGACAAGGGGAGCGGCAGAGAGGAGACCAAUGUCCUCAUCGAGGAGCCCCUGGGGUCGCCGCCGGCCAAGGAUGGCGGCGCCGGAAGCUGGGUGCCGUCCCCGGUGGCAUGGUUCCGGAUGCUGGUCAGGGAGCUGCACUGGAGCUUCGUGCUCGGCGUGGUGGCGACCUACGGCAUCAGCCAGGGGCUCGGCGGCGGCAUCACGCGCGUCGCCUCGGACUACUACUGGAAGGACGUGCAGAAGGUGCAGCCGUCCGCGGCGCAGGUGUACCACGGCGUCACGUCCAUCCCCUGGAUGGUCAAGCCGCUCUGGGGCCUGCUCACCGACGUGCUACCCGUCGCCGGCUACCGGCGCCGCCCGUACUUUGUCCUUGCAGGCAUAAUGGGAGUGAUUGCCAUGCUUAUAGUGUCUCUCCACAGCAAGCUUCAUGUAAUGUUUGCGUUGUUGGCAUUGAUGUCUGGAAGUGCAAGUGUAGCAAUAGCUGAUGUAACUAUAGAUGCCUGUGUAGCCGAAAACAGUCUGAUAUAUCCUCAUCUUGCUGCUGACAUGAUAAGCUUAAAUGGCUUCUGUGCAUCUGUUGGAGGUCUUAUUGGAUUCUCAAUAAGUGGUUUUCUUGUUCAUGCAAUUGGGUCACAGGGAGCCCUUGGCAUGUUAACUAUACCUUCUGCCUUGGUAAUUUUAGCCGGAUUCCUGAUAAAGGAUGUCCAUAUCCCAAACUUUCCAUACGGGCAGGCUCAUAAGAAGUUUUCAGAAGCCAGUGGAAAAAUGUUAAUGACCUUAAAAUGUCCUGAAGUAUGGCGGCCAUGUUUUUACAUGUACAUGUCUCUUGCUCUGAGUGUGGAAAUUCAAGAAGGAAUGUUCUACUGGUACACAGAUCCUAGUGCAGGGCCAUCUUUUUCCGAGGGAUUCAUUGGGUUUAUCUUUGCAAUUGGGUCAGUCGGAUCUCUUGUUGGAGUUCUACUUUAUCAAAAUAUUCUCAAGGACUAUUCAUUUCGCAGCCUUCUAUUUUCAAGUCAAUUACUACUAAGCCUGUCUGGAAUGCUUGAUCUCAUGUUGGUGCUGCGUUUGAAUCUAAAGCUGGGGAUACCGGAUUACUACUUCGCUGUGAUUGAUGAGGGGGUCUCCAAAAUGAUCAACCGCCUCAAGUGGAUGCCACUUUUAGUGCUUAGCUCAAAGCUUUGCCCAUCUGGCAUCGAGGGCACAUUCUUCGCGCUACUCAUGUCCAUUGACAACAUUGGCCUGAUGACAGGAUCUUGGUUUGGUGGAUUGCUCCUUCAUUUGUUGAAAAUCACAAGAACAGAAUUCAAAAACUUGUGGGCUGCUAUUCUGAUUCGAAAUGCGAUGAGGCUACUCCCGUUGGCAUUGCUAUUCUUGGUGCCGAGAAGUGACCCAAAUUCUAUCCUCCUUCCUGCUGAUUUGCUGGCUGGGGAUGAUGGUGCUGAAGCUCACCGGAUAGAAAGUGUGGAGUUAACCUCUCUUGACGUGGAGAAGAAUUCAAGCACCAACGGUUCGCUCCAAGAAAGCAAAAAUAAGGAGCAUCUUGAUGUAGGACAAGAUGACGACGAGGCUUCAUUACUUGCCAACAGGGGUUGAUGAAUCAUAUACAUGGAAUUUUUUCAGUACACAAACAAAUAGUUGAAAGAUCAGGAUAUCACAUUACGUUGUGUUUAGUUGUUCAUGAUGUUAUUUUCGUUAAUUAUUGAUUUACAGCAGGGUAGGAAAUCCUAAAAUGUCAGAUAGUAAGGAC